AUGCCCCAGAAUGCCGUGGUGAUCAUGCGCUAUGGGCCUUACAGCUCAGUUGGACUAUCUGUGGAGCACCGUACCUUUCGCCUAGAGGGAAUGCAAGCUGUGUUGACUGAAGAUGGACACCAGGUCAUCCUAGAAAAGGUAGAAGAGUGGAAUGUGGUAGAACUCAUGGUGAAUGGAGAAAUUGUCUUUCAAUGCAACAUCAAAGACUUAGAGUUUGGAGGUGAUGGUAAACUAGAUCCGAUAUGCCAGGAGGCCAGGACAGCUGUACUAAAUGCUUUCUGACCUCCUCUCUGGAACACACAGAACAAGGUAACACAACAGUAGAUGCCUCUAGCCAUUCUGUGAGGCAAAAAUAAAUGAUCACUGGGCCAUGAACACUGGAUGCUCACAGAACAAGGUAACACCAGCUUGCUCUUCAGUCUGCACAGAAUAAGGUUUCUCACCAGCCUGCAAGAAAAGGGGGCACUCAAAAAUAUUAAAAACCACGGCAUCUUAAGCAUC